CACAUAAACACAUUCUCUUCUUUUAAUUAAUUUUUGUUCUCAUUAUCUCUCAACACACACACUACUACACUACAUCCUUUUCAAUUCAUUAAUUCUACUAUUAUUCAUCACGUUUUCCGAAAUGGCAAAACAACUCCCUCAUACUCUUCUUCUCCGCCAUGCAUUGUUUUGCUCCUUAUUCUUCACACAAAUCUUAGCCAAAUCAACAACCUACAAUGUGGUCGACUUUGGAGCCGACCCAACCGGCCUCAAGGACUCCACACUGGCCUUCCUAGGUGCGUGGAGCAAUGCGUGCGGGUCCUGGCGACCCGCAUGCAUCCAAGUACCUCCAGGGCAGUUCCUGCUUGGAACUGCCACGAGGUUCGGAGGGCCAUGCAACAACAAGGUAAUCUCCAUAAGCAUGGGAGGGGCGACGUUGGUGGGUCCCUCUGACUACAGGGCCAUCGGAGAAGCACUGCAUUGGUUGACUUUUGACCAGGUCAGCGGCGUUAGGAUUCACGGUGGCGUUCUUGAUGCCCGUGGCGGUUCCUUGUGGGCUUGCAAGAGUUCUGGCCAACCUUGCCCAAUUGGAGCCAUAACACUUGGAAUCACAAAUUCCAACAACGUUGUUGUUACGGGGUUGACCUCAAUUAACAGUCAACUGUUUCACAUGAUCAUCAGUGGAUGCAACAACGUCAAAGUGCACGGAGUGAAGAUCAUGGCCCCCGGAAACAGCCCCAACACCGACGGCAUCCACGUCCAGUUCUCCUCUGACAUCACCAUUCUCAACCCAAGAAUCCGGACCGGCGACGACUGUGUCUCCGUCGGCCCCGGCACCAAAAAUUUGUGGGUUGAGGAUAUUGCAUGUGGACCUGGCCAUGGAAUUAGCAUAGGAAGCUUAGGAUGGGGCAUGAACGAAGAUGGUGUGACCAAUGUGACGGUUAGAACGGCAACAUUCUCAAAGACUAUGAACGGUUUUAGGAUAAAAUCUUGGGGGAGACCCAGCAAUGGGUUUGUGAAUAAUGUACAUUUUGAGCAUGCAUUUAUGUCUGAUGUUCAAAACCCCAUUGUCAUUGACCAGCAUUACUGCCCUUAUUACACUGGCUGCCCUCAAAUGGCCUCUGGAAUCAGGAUCAGCGAUAUUUCGUAUAAGGACAUACAUGGAACAUCUGCAACACAGGUUGCUAUGAAAUUUGAUUGUAGUUUGAAGCAUCCAUGCAGACGGUUAAGGUUGGAGGAUGUGAACCUAACCUACAAGAACCAAGUUCCUCAAGCAUCUUGUAGAAAUGCCGGUGGAACUGCAUUUGGUACAGUUCAACCCGAGAGUUGCUUUUAGGGUAAUUAGUUUCGUGUACAUACGAUUUAUCAUGAGAUAUUGCGUUUGGUUUGCGUUUUUAUUUAUUGUUUACAUUUUUAGUGUUUUCUAUUUUUAAGAUUUUGUGAAAAAAAAAGAAGAGAAAACAAUGAAAAUAAUACAAUUAUAUAUUCUGUUUUCAUAUGUUUUUUCUCUUUUCACAAAAUUUUAUAAAUAAAAAAUAUUAAUGAUAGCAACAAAAAUAAAAUACAAACCGAAUGCAUAGUUAAUGAUUUUUUUUGUUUUUGUAUUUUUGGUCAACAUUUUUCUUGUAACUUCAUUUUGUGUAAGUGUGUGUUUGGUUGAACAACUUUAUAGUCUUUUGAUGAGUUUAUAUAUACUGGAGUUUUGUUGGUGGGUGAGAAAAGGUAACUUGUUUGAGAGUAUGAUAUUUGUAAUUUAUAUGGUGAAUUGGUGAUUAUUACUACUAGGUUUUUGUGUUUUGUGGAUGUGGUUUUUUAUUUUUCUUCUUUUCCUUGCCAAUCAUUUGUGUUUCGCUA